AUGUCCGCACCCCUGCCUGCCAUAGUGCCCGCCGCCAGAAAGGCCACAGCCGCGGUUAUAUUCCUGCACGGCUUGGGAGAUACUGGGCAUGGCUGGGCAGAAGCAAUGGCAAGCAUCAGAAGUCCUCAUGUAAAGUACAUAUGUCCACAUGCGCCUAUCAUGCCAGUAUCAUUGAAUAUGAACAUGGCUAUGCCUUCAUGGUUUGACAUAAUUGGAUUGUCUCCAGAUGCUCAGGAGGAUGCUGCUGGUAUUAAGCAGGCUGCAGAGAACAUUAAAGCUCUUAUAGACCAAGAAGAAAAGAAUGGUAUACCCUCAAAUAGAAUAAUUUUAGGAGGAUUUUCUCAGGGUGGAGCUCUGUCAUUGUACACUGCUCUAACAAUGAGUCAGAAAUUAGCUGGUGUUGUUGCCCUGAGCUGUUGGCUUCCACUAAGAACCUCUUUUCCCCAGGCUGCUGUUAAUAGUGCCAACAAAGAUGUAUGUGUUCUCCAGUGUCAUGGAGAAAGUGAUCCACUUGUUCCACUUAUGUUCGGAUCUCUAACAUCAGAAAAGCUAAAAACUGUAAUGAAUCCAGUGAAUGUACAUUUCAAGACCUACCCGGGUUUGGCACACAGCUCAUGCAACCAGGAAAUGUCUGACAUCAAGCAAUUCAUUGAGAAGCAGCUACCUCCAAGUUAA